UCAGGCAACAGUGAAGAUUUGUUGUGCUUUGUGAAAAUGCGUCUGGAGACGGUAAUCCUCCUGUCUGCCCUGCUUCCACUCUGUGCCUCCCAUGGAUGGGACCCUCUGGGCUGGCUGUUUCACCGCCAAGGCCAUGCACAAUACUUUGGCUCCCUGCAGGCAGACACACCAGGAGGGGAGUGUCCAGAAGAGUGUGACUGCCCCCCUACAUUCCCCGUAGCCAUGUACUGUGAUGGGCGGGGCCUGACAGCUAUUCCAUCCAUUCCCUCCCGCAUCAAGUACCUGUACCUCCAAAACAACGCCAUCUCCGCUGUGCCUGACUUGGCUCUAGUCAACGCGACUAAUUUGGUGUGGCUCCUGCUGCAUCACAAUCAGCUGACAUCCGAGGCCAUCGGCAUGAAGGCAUUUUCAAAGCUGGAAGGGUUGGAGCGUUUAUUUCUACACCACAAUAACUUGACCAGUAUUCCACCAAACCUUCCUCGCUCCUUGCGGGACCUGAAGAUAAACCAUAACAGGAUUGAAAAAGUAUUGCCAACAGAUUUAGAAGGAAUGGAUAAUCUCACUAUCCUACACCUUCAUGACAAUGCUGUGACGGAUCUGGGCACAUCACUGAAGUCUUUGAAAUCCCUCACUCAGCUUGACAUGAGUAACAACAAACUAAUCAAGGUCCCAGAUGCUCUUCCUGAACAUUUGCACCAGUUUUACCUUGAGUUCAACUCCAUUAACUCUCUACCCGACGAUUUCCUGGGGGGAUUAGCUCAGCUACAGUACAUAAGGAUGUCCCACAAUCAACUGACAGACAAGGGAAUCCCAUCCAACACCUUUAAUGUAACCGGACUGGUGGAGCUGGACCUGAGCUACAACAAACUGGAGAGAAUCCCCAUUGUUAGCACCAGACUGCAGCAUCUUUACCUGCAAGCCAAUCAGAUCAAAGAGUUCAGUCUGGGAAGUUUCUGCUCCAUCGUGGAUGUGACGAAUUUCUCCAACCUGCAAACGCUGCGACUGGAAGGGAACGAGAUCAGUAAGGAGGACAUUCCCUCAGAGUCCGCUCUCUGUCUGCGUAGGGCUUCCAGCAUUCAGAUCUAACAGUCUGCAUGGAGAAUUAUCCCCACUGUUGGCGGAAUGUGCAAAAACCAAACGAGUGCAGAUCGAGUGAUACAGCAUGGUGCUACCAAAACCACAAAUGUGAUUGUUAUUCAAGUGUGAAAACAUAACCGACUACAUUAAAGGUCACCAAACCUUUAUUUAACUUAGUUGAGGGCAGCCAGCUCAUCAUGAUUACAUGUUGUACUCUGAAACAGUUCAGAAGCUUUAAUGUAUUCUGUAUUCUAUGAAACCUCUGUGACCAUGAUCCUUUAUUUGUUGUGGGGAUCAUUGACCUUCAUAUCUGUUUAUUUAGCUUUUUUUUCUGUUUUUCUUUAGUUUUCUCUGUUAAUCUGAUACAUAAUGUAUACCUAAAAUCAAAAGUGUCACAAUUCUCUGCAGUUUUUAAAUCAAGCUUUGGAAUACUUUCCAAAAAGAUGAAACAGGAGCAAAACAAUUAAAAAGUAAACUGGAGAGAGUUUCCUCAUGUUUUCAAAAAGUUUUUUAACCAGAGUUUCCAGUAGGCCUGUAGUUACAAAGAAAAAUGUAAAAAGGAUGACUUUGCAAAAGAUGGUCGCGGUAUAGAAAAGAUUUUUUCUUAGUCAAUCUCCACCCUGCCAAUUGAAAAAAAAUUUUUUUUUCACUUGGUUAGAUCAAUAAAACCUACAUACAAGCUUAGGCAAGCUGAUGUCUCAGAGUCCUACUGUAUGUCUGAUGAAUUCAAUUCAGUUUAUUUCUAUAGCGCCAAUUCACAACACGUCAUCUCAAGGCAGUUCACCAGGUCAUACAGUCAGUUUGGUUCAAAGUUUUCUAUCUGAGGAAAACCAGUUGAUUCCAUCUAC